AUGCCCAUCCCAACCGCCGCUGCGUCCAAGAACGCCCCAUGGAAGUCCGUAACCGACUGGGUCAUCGCCAAAAUUGUUGAUACUGGUGGAAGAUCAAACUCACCCACUGCCACCGCUGCUGAGCCUGUGUGCUGCCUCAUCCACACCGUAGCCAACCCAAUUCUGGACGCGGCUCUUCUCGAUGGGAUCAAGCGCCAUCACUUUCUCGCAGGUGGGAGAAUGUCUAAAUUCCUCACUGUCCCAUGCGCCCAGGCAGCCCGUCUCUUCUACAAAUUUACCAAAUACUGCGGUAGUAUCAUCCGCAACCCCAACAACCGACUUGAUAGGAAUCUUCCCGAUUUCUUUGCGCCUGUUAGCAGCGGUAGGACGGAGCAGAGGUGGAGGGAGAUGACGGGGGCGGAGCUUGAGAAGGCGGGAUUUGCGUAUGGGGAGGAUCUUGGGGUGUUGGAGAUGCAGGGGAUGAAGUUGAUGGGGUGCGUGGCUGAGGUGGAGGAUGAUGAGUAG